UAUCAGUCCUGCCAGUGCCAAACAGUGUCUUGCCAUAUCAAGGAAGCCAGCAUUCUCUUUUUUUGCUUUCCAAGUCGGCUGGCAUCAGGGCAGAUUAAUUCAGGGCAGCCGGGACUAUGCUGACUUUCUUUUGUGCUCCGAUUGUGCUGUUUCUCCUAUUGAUAAGAGGUGCUGAAAAUAGUUCUGCUCAAACAGUCUGUGGCCAACCCCAAGUGGCCUCUGCUCGGAUCAUUGGGGGCAGUAAAGCCAAAGUAGGGGCAUGGCCGUGGCAAGUUAGCCUGCGGAAAAACAGAGAACAUUUAUGUGGUGGGAGCUUGAUUUCAAACCAGUGGGUGGUAACCGCUGCUCAUUGCUUUGAAGGGCCACUGAAUCCAGCUGAGUACAAAGCAAAUCUAGGAGAAUAUGAACUUCCCAGACCAUUUGCCAGUAUGGUCUCAGCCUCCAUCAGCCAAAUCAUAGUGCACCCGUAUUAUGCUGGAUCCGGUCUUAGUGCUGACAUUGCCCUGAUGAAGCUGGAAGAGCCUGUUCAGUUUUCCCAAACAAUAAUGCCAAUCUGCCUUCCAAAUUCUUCAGACUCCGACCGUUUUUCUUCAGGGAUGACCUGCUCUACUACCGGCUGGGGAGUCUUCAUUGAAGGACAGGAACUUGUAGCUCGCACACUGCAGGAGACUGAGAUACAGAUUGUAGAUAUUGAGGAGUGUAAUGAAAAAUUCCAGAAUCAAUCAAGCCCAUUUGCUGUUCCAGAGAACUACACCCUGAUUUAUAAAGACAUGAUUUGUGCUGGGGAUCCCGAAGGAAAGAAGGACACUUGUCAGGGUGACUCAGGGGGACCUUUAUCUUGCAAACUGGAUAACACAUGGUUCUUGGCUGGAGUAACAAGUUUUGGGGCUGGAUGUGGGAACCCCUUUCAACCUGGUGUCUACACACGCACCUCCUCUUUCAUGGAUUGGAUUCAGGAUACUGUGGCACAGAACGCAGCCCCCUGGAGUCAUGCCAGUUGCGCUACAUUCUUCCUUUUGCCCCUUCUGUUGAUCCUGAGCAACACUCUUGUGUGACUCACCCUGCCUUCAUAAGAAAGUUGGUUGAGCCUCUGUAUUUUCCAAAGAGGGACCACUUUUGGCAUUUGACACCUGGAUGUGAAAGCUUGGUCACCUUCUGAAGGACUUUUGACGUGCUAUCUCGAUUAUGAACAUUUGCAUCCCCUCACCAAAUCUGCAUAUUUUGUGUGACAUUUUCACUAAUAUACACAGCUGACAAUUGAUCAUAACAUACUACUUUAUUACAGAAGAGAAUGAAUCCACUUUAAUCUGGUUUCUGCCUCCUGCAGAAUUCUGGGGUUUGUAGUUUACUGAGGCUGUUAAAGGCUCUUCCCUAAACUAUAAACCCCAGAAUUCUUCAGGUGCCAGCAACCGGAUUUGAAGCAUGUUUAGCCUGAAGAAGAGAAGGCUGAGAGGAGAUAUGAUAGCCAUGAAUAAAUAUGUGAGAGGAAGUCACAGGGAGGAGGGAGCAAGCUUGU